GAAACGGAUUUAGUUGGGUCGCUUCGUCAGGGGGUCCGGCAACCCAACUAAUUCCAGAAAGCGGAGUUUUUUCGCCUUUCUAGCCAGAGGGAGAGACCAUGGCCUGCGCCAUGGAUUGUUGGGUGCUUUUGUUGGGGAUAAUUCUGAUUUGCUCCGCUCAAAGAAAUGGGGGCCCCGCUGGUCCAGCAGGUCCUGCCGGAGUCCCUGGAAUCGAUGGCAUUGCUGGGGAUAGAGGGGAUGAUGGUGAAGAUGGCCCACCUGGCCCCAAUGGAGAUGGCGGUAAACCAGGCUCUGCAGGUCUCCCCGGGCUGCCUGGAGCUGACGGAUUGACCGGCCCUGUUGGAGACGCCGGACCAGACGGCCCUGCCGGACAGAAGGGAGAACCUGGCAAACCUGGACCUCGCGGCUUAUCUGGUAUUGGCCCAGAUGGACCCCCUGGACCACCAGGGCCAGGAGGCCUUCCUGGUGAAUUGGGCAAAAUCGGAGCUCCCGGAUCUAUGGGCGUGCGAGGGCCUUCUGGACCCAGGGGACCUACUGGACCCAGAGGAGCAGCUGGUGCGUUGGGUGGCACAAUGGAGUUGUGUGCCAAUGCCUGCCCACCUGGGGCACCUGGCCACCCGGGCCUUCCAGGGAUGAAGGGUCACAAAGGUGUGAAGGGUGAGGCUGGGGAGCCUGGAAAACAAGGACACAAGGGAGAAGAGGGAGACCAGGGAGCAUCUGGUGAAGUCGGAGCCCAAGGGCCUAUGGGGCCACAGGGGAUCCGGGGGUCAACGGGAAUGAUGGGACCCAAAGGAGAAAUGGGAGCUCGAGGCCAUGACGGAGACCCAGGUUUGCAGGGCGUCCAGGGGGCCACUGGUGACAUGGGCCAGAGAGGAGUGAUGGGUGAGAGGGGUCCCAAGGGAGAGCAAGGUGGUCAAGGUUCAAGGGGCAUCACUGGCCUUCCAGGACCAAAGGGUGAUUCAGGCCUGCCUGGCGUGGAUGGCCGUGAGGGCAUUCCUGGUAUGCCAGGUUCAAAGGGCAGCUCAGGUAAACCUGGUUCUCCUGGCGAGGUCGGGCUCCAGGGACUUCCUGGUUUACCUGGCAUACCUGGACCCAAGGGCAUGGGUGGAGAGAAGGGCAGCUCUGGAGACCCUGGUCUCCUCGGGACAAUGGGCUCUGCCGGUAAACAAGGCGAGCGAGGAGAACAAGGAGAGCUCGGCCCGAUCGGACCCAUUGGAGAGCCUGGUGAUCGAGGAGAGCAGGGACCUGAUGGGCCAGCUGGAAAACUAGGUGCCAGAGGGCCCAAAGGUGAUCUCGGCUUGCCAGGACUUCCUGGACCUCCUGGUCUUCCUGGAGUGAAAGGGGACAGAGGCGAGGGUGGCGAGCCUGGCCCGAAGGGAGAGCAGGGACAACAAGGAGCGGAGGGAACCCCAGGAGACAAAGGAGACCUCGGCGAGACAGGAGAACCAGGACCUAAAGGAGCGACUGGAAACCCAGGAGAGCCAGGGAACAGGGGUGCAGAGGGUUCCCGCGGGCAGCCUGGCAUCCAGGGGCCUGCCGGUACACCAGGACCGCGCGGCAUGCAGGGAGACAGGGGAUCACCAGGACCUCGCGGGUCCCAGGGGCCAGCAGGCAAAGAGCCAAGUGAUCAACAAAUCCGACAAGUCUGCAUGAGAGUUAUGCAGGAGCAGUUGGCACAGUUGGCAGCCAGUCUUAGAAGGCCAGAGUCAGGAGCAGCAGGCCUUCCUGGUCGUCCAGGACCCCCAGGUCCCCCUGGUCCCCCAGGAGACAGUGGCUUCCCUGGGCAGGCAGGAGCAAGAGGUCUCCCUGGCUUGAAAGGCCCUCCUGGACUUAUGGGACGCAAAGGACCGAAAGGUGAGUUGGGAGACAGAGGUGACCGAGGACCCACAGUGCGAGGACCCAAAGGCAUGCCAGGACCUCCUGGACUACCAGGUGAGCCAGGUAAGCCCGGCUAUGGCAAGGACGGGCGUGACGGCGCCAGAGGUCCACCUGGUAUCCACGGUCAGCCCGGUGUCCCUGGGCCUCCUGGUUCUGCCGGCCCUAACGGCUACUGUGACCCUUCUGCCUGCAACCUCCCGGCUGGGUCAGCCGUCCUGGACACCAACAUGAAGGGGCCAAACGACAACUAGGCCACUAGGGGGCACUAGCACAGCUGGGGCUGAAGCAGAGGAGAAGAGACUAACGUAAUGGACAACUCCCCGAGGAAGCACACAACAUUCUCACGGCACGUUUUAAAGCCAGAAAAACAGACGGGGACUGCAAACCUGUCAGCGCCAGUAGACCAGUGUGAGAAUGUUCUGUGCCAGUCAGGGCCUGGGAACAUCACACGGAGGGCUCCAUUUCAGUUGUAGAGACAUCACCAGAGUCAUAUUGGUCAAAUAUCUGAUUUCAAAUGUGGUCAUUAUUGUAUUGUUUUGUGUCCUUUUUUUUGUUUGGUUCAAACUUGACAUCUUGGUUUUUUUCCUUUUUUGUAUUUUUUCCAGUUUUGAAAGGAUUCCCUUUCAAACCCCUCUGCCUAUGUUGUCAGCACUCUUCCAUCUCCAUAACGCAAUCUGAAACUCACAGGAUGUUUCUCUGUGGACAAUAUUCAACUUCUCUACCCAUGGUUUCCACCCAUGGUAAAACUACUACUUACCUUAGAUCAUAUAUCACAAACAUUCCCCUCAAGAGAAGGAAGUAGUAAACAAAUACAGGUGCCAUCUAAUUUUUCAAUGUACCAACCCAUUCUGUACCAUAAUGAGCAAAAGAUAAACCUGCUGAAAGCGCUUGCGGUGUUAUCCGUCUGUACAGUGAUUGUGGCAAAGGAUAUGACUUUUAUUUCACUUUCAAAUAAACAGAGGGAGAAGGGACUUUAAUAGAACCAUUCACUUUGGCCGUCCAUUCCGUUGUACAGUAAAUGUGUAAGUGACUGGAUUAGAUGGUGCAGUGUCCUGCUCUUCGGAGGGCGCUGGAAGAGGUCACUCCUGCUCUACCUGGAUUGGGUAGCGGGUGUCCAAGGAUUUCCCCUUAAAGAGCUCAAAGUGGGGCUAACGCCAGUGUGCCAAGCAGCCAGAUGAUGCACAGUAUUUCUAUUUAUUUUACCUAGGUAUUAUGUAAGGAUGACAUUGAAGUUUGUACAGAUAUCACGGAGAUACAAGUGUUUUAUAUGAAUUGUUCGAUUCCAAAUAAAGCUAGGUCUCAGCCUGUU